AAAAGACGAAAAUCGAAAUCGAUAAGUAAGCCACGGACCGCAGCCACCAGAGAAAAAGUGCAUUAAAUUCUGUAAAAACCAAUCAGAGAAAGCAGAAAACUUAACAAACUGCUUACCAAAAGAACAACCUUCACGGGCAAUGUCCAAGAAAAGUCAACUGCUUGUGGUAAUGUAAGGCGCUUUGAUUGAAGCUCGCAAAGAACAGCAAGAAUUGGCUAGGUAAAAGCGUAAAGCGAGAGUGCGUAGAGUGAUUCGAUAGCCAUAGCCAUAGUAGACCAAGUCCCCAAAAUGCAGCCACCGCCGCGUAAGGGUAACUAUGUGAAGUUCUUGAAGAAUCUGCACACGGAGCAGGUGGCCAAGUUGCAGCUGAAGAACCAGCAUGAGUGCGACCUGCUGGAGGACAUACGACAGUUCACCAUCAAGCGAUCGGCCAUCGAGAAGUCGUAUAGCGAGGCCCUCCUGAAGAUCUCGUCUCAGUAUCUCAACAAGAAGAUACCCAACAUUCCAGACAUCAAGAUGGAGGGCAUGGAAGAGCGUUGGAACAUGUGGAGUGUGUGGCGCACAGUUCUCGAGGAGAAUGAGAAGUUGGCACGAGCCCGCUUGGCAGCCAUCGAGGUAUUCCAGCAGCAGAUAGCCGACGAGGCCAAGGUUCUCAGGGACUACAAAGUGGCCAUUGCCAAGCGUUCGCUAUCGGGCAUUGUCAACGUGCAGAAGGAACUCCAUUUGAGUGUGGGCGAUGUGGACAAGACGAAGAAGUCGUAUUUCGAUGAGGAGCACUGUGCCCACGAUGUGCGCGACAAGGCACGCGACAUCGAGGAGAAGCUGAAGAAGAAAAAGGGCUCCUUCUUCCAGUCCAUCACAUCGUUGCAGAAGAACAGCGCACGAGUGACCUCACGGAAGGAGCUGCUCGAGGAGAAGUCCACGGGUGCUCGUAACGAUUAUAUACUCAGUCUGGCGGCUGCCAACGCCCAUCAGAAUCGCUACUUUACCGUCGAUCUGCAGACCACGAUGACCACCAUGGAGAACUAUGUGUUUGAGCGAGUUGCCGAGUACCUGAUGCUAAUGGGACGCACAGAGCUGCUGACCUGCUCGGCCACGCAGAACAGUUUCGGGAAGAUCCGUGACCAGGCGCAGCAGCUUUCGCGGGAAUACAAUCUGCAGUGUUGCUAUUUGUUCUAUCCGGUGCUGAAGCAGCAUAUUCAGUAUGAUUUUGAGGCUUGUGACAAUGAUCCGGUGAGGAAGGUGACCACGGAGCAUGAUUCGGCCACAGAGACGCUCACUAAGGAGGCCAAGAAUCUGGCUGGACGGGUGGUCAAGGAGAAUGCCUCGAUAAGGGAGAACGCCAAGAAGCUGGCCCUCUGCCAGUCGCUGAGGGACUCGGGACAGCGAUCCGAUCCCAACGAUCCUAAUGGUCCCGAUCUGGACACCAAGAUCGAGGAGUUCCGUGAUCAGAUACGCCGCUCCGAGACCGAGAAGGCGAAGGCCGAGGCCUGUCUGCAGUGCCUGCGCGACGGCGGCAUCAAUGUGGACGAGUGGGUGCAGGAGGCAGAGAUUAUGGGGGUGCAAGAGCUAACGCGCUCAGCCAGCUCCAUAUCGAUGCGCACCGAUGCCUCGGGCCAGGGCGAGAAUCCCAGCUCCGAUUCCUUCUACGACAGCGACAAAGAGGAGGCGGCCGGCGGUGCUCCGGCCUUUGCUCAGGCAAAGCCCAAGGCAGAGACGCAACUCUCCAGGGAUCGCACGUUCAGCGACAGCGAUGACGAGCCCGAGGAGCGUCCGGCAGCUGCGGUUGCCGCUGCAGCUCCAGCUGCCGCGAAGGCAGCCAGCGCAGGCACUGGAGCCUGGGACGAUCCAACCGAGGUGAACUGGGGUGGCGAGGAGGAGGAGGAGGACAAGGAUGAACCGAUUGUACCCGAGCCCAAGGAGGCCAUCUUCAAGUGCACCGCACUCUACAGCUACACGGGCCAAAAUCCCGAUGAGCUGACAAUUGUCGAGAACGAGCAGCUGGAGGUGGUCGGCGAGGGCGAUGGCGAUGGGUGGCUGCGUGCCCGCAACUAUCGGGGCGAAGAGGGCUAUGUGCCGCACAAUUAUCUGGACAUUGAUCAGGAGACGGCCGGCGGCGCUUUUAAUGGUACUGGUUCCGCCAAUCAAUUGCGCUCUCAAAUCUCAUUCUCAUCUGUCGAUUACACCGUUGACAACGAAGAUCAAACGGUGGACUCGAUGCAAUCCCCCGACCAGGUAUCGGUCAUAAUGGCCCCCCAGAAGCGCCUCAAGUCCGACAUCGAAUGGUGCAUUGCGCUCUACGACUACGAUGCCACAGCCGAGGAUGAGCUGACCUUCGAGGAGGGCGACAAGAUCAAGAUCAUCACCAAGACGGCCCACGGUGUCGACGAUGGCUGGUGGGAGGGCGAGCUGGAUGGCAAAUUUGGCAACUUCCCCUCGCUGGUCGUCGAGGAGUGCGACGAGUUGGGCGAACCCCUCAGCGAGGGCGGCGAUGAAUCACCACCCCCAAUGGCAGCCCCGAACUUUGCUCUGCCCCCGGCACCAGCACUACCCCCAGAGUAUGCUCAUGAGUUGGAAUUGGAGCUGACAGAGGAUAUGUUCGGCUCACAGGAUACGGCAGAUGAAGACAGUGGCUAUAUACCCAACGGUGCUGCUGUUCCGAGUAUGCCUCCGCCAGGCCAGAACCAAAGCCAAACCACUGCCAAGAAGGUACUCAUCCAAGAGCCUGGCAUGGAGGACGAUCUCAGUGACGAUGGGCAGCCACCGCCGUCUUUGCCGCCGCCACAGCCGCCUCAGCUGCAAAAGGCAGCUGGCAAAUCAGAGCCUGUUGCUGCCAACACAUUGAACUUAGGUAUGGCACAAAUAAUUGUUACCGCUGCAACCCCCAUGGUUGAAGACGGUGCCGAUAAAUCUUUCCCACCAGUAGGAGAGAGCGAACGUGAGCAGCAGAAGAAGCAGGAUGAGUCCAAGCAGGAGCAACCGGUGGCGGAUAAAAAGCCAGAGAUAGCGCCAAAACCAUUGGCCAAAGUAACGCCAUCGCCACAGAAGCAGCCGCCCGCACAGGUGGUGACGGCUGCCAAAGAAGGUAACAGUAGAGUGCGACCGGUGGUAAGCAUUACACUGACCGAGUAUCCAUCCUGUGAUCCAGAGGACCAACAGUCCUUCUCGGAGGGCACGGACUCGGCCUCGGGCGCCGAUGUACCCAUUCUGCAGGAGGUCGAGGAUCCCUUCAAUGAGAAGUCCAAGACCGAGGCGGCCGGAGAUGGAGCUGGAUUUGAGGCCAACUUUGAGGCCAAUUUUGAUGCCAACUUUGAUGAUGCGUUCGCCGGGGCCACAGCAGGCGGUGGUGGAGGUGGGGGCGGUGGGGGUGGAGGCGAGCAGUCCAGCGAUUUCGAUGUGAACGGAGAGCCGGGCGAUGAGGAGCAGGGUCAGAGCGAGGGCGCAUCCGCAGGUGGAGUCGCAGCCGAGGAGGACAUUGAGGCGCCCAAGCAGGUGGUCGGUGGGCGAGCUAGCAUACCCGAGGAAUUGGACUCAAAUCAAUUGGCACACGACCAUGAGCAUGAUAUACUAUACUAUAUAGACUAUAGCGACGGACAGUUGUAGAGCGGAUCCAAGCGGAACACCACCUCUCCAGACACAGCCACUUUGAAUGCAUAAUAGGCUCACACACAAAAAAACCAAACACCAAACACGAUCCACCAACCUCCAACCAACCAACCAACCACAUCCAGAUACAGCUACAGACUUAGACGGACUUCAAUCUAGCAGUUUAACGAUCGGGAAUACAACGGGAAUAAACCAGAGAGUCGGAAAAGCAAUGCAUCAAAAUUUGUUCUGGUUUAUUUGCGUUUACCCCCGAGCCACAUACAACGACACAGCAGCAGGUCUACAGAUUAAUCAUAUGAUAUGUACUAAUACCGUAUAUAGAAAGAUUCCUCUCACCCCUCGCAUCACGUGCAGCGCUCAAAUUGUGUACAUCCAUUCGAAUAUACUUCUCUCUGACUGCCUCCGGGGUUAUAGUUAGACAUCAACUGGGCCUUCAUAACAACAAAUUAAAGAAAACCACCAUACGAUAUAUAUAAAUAUAAACUAUAUAAAUAUAUAUUUACAUAAUUAUGCUAGUUUGUAAUGUGUUAUACUCUCAGACACGUAUGGAAUACAUAUAUAAAUAGCGAAAUAUUGUAAACGUUUAUGUAGCACUCUCUGACACGGGUCGGUCUUUGAAUAUCAGCAACAGCAACUAAUCGAGCAAUAAAAAUAUGUAUUGUAUAUAUAUCUAAGUCCAGUACUUUAGCCGCCUUAUGUUAACCAUUGUGCUUGAGAUCCGAACCGAUAACGUAUUAGCCAAGUUAACAAUCAGUUAAGAACAAACAGCCAAGCAGAGUUCUACCAAGUCAAUUCCGUUGUGUUCUGUUUUAUUCUGUUUGAUUCACUCGUACUCGCAAUCCUAAGAGUUCUGCACCACAAAAUGAAUGUACACGGUUACCCACAAAAAUAUUGUUGUAAUUGUAAUUGCAAAACUCUAGCCUAAUUAGUUAAAUGUUUUUCCGUGUCUAGUUAAAUGAACUAAGUUAAUGUGUUGGAAUGGCCAGAAAUGGUUAAGUAAUUGAAGAGAAAUUAGUGAAAUGCCUACUCAAUCAGAGACUUUGUUUGCGAAUACUCGAAUACUCCUCAAUGCAUAACUCAAUCGGAUGACGUCUCCUUAUACACACAUAUUCAACGAUAUGAUAUUUACCAUAAACACACAGUUUAAACUAAUGAAAAAA